AUGAAAGACUAUUAUCUCGUCGGGGCGGAGCCUAACCUCGGAGGAAGAUGGACGCCUGAUCCCACAGCUCCCUCUCCCCCAGGCACAGAACCAGCCAUCAUCCGCAUCACACACGGCCCAAACACCCUCCAAACAGCCCCCAGGCGACCACCCAGCAUCAGGCUCCACAAUAUGGGCGGCGGGAAGAAAAGGAAAGAAGAGCUCACCCCGUCGGUAGCCUCCAUGUUCCGCACGCCGGGGGAAUCCCAGAGGCCUACCCACUCCUAUCAAGGAGCUGAUCAAGGUACUGACUCAGAGGGGCCCGAUCCCACACUUGACCCCUCGACCCCCCUCACCAUCGGGAGCCUCAGGGACAUGCUAAAGGAGGCCACAGUGGACAUAAAAUCCCACGUGGCAGAAGAGAUCACUAGAAAUUUAGCAGGCCUCAGAACAGAAAUACAGACACUGACUGCCCGCACAGACCAGACAGAGGUACGUCUCACUGCACUGACAGCUACCUCCACCUCGCAGUCCCAGGAAAUCUCCUACCUCCAUGGCCGCCUCACGGCCAUGGAGGACAACCUGGAGGACCUUAACAACAGAUCACGGAGGAAUAACAUCCGAAUCCGUGGCCUGCCCGAAGCAGUCCAGCCAGAGACCCUAAGCACCACCCUGAAAGAUAUCUUUUCUGCAAUGGCACCCGAACUACCGCUGCCACUCCUGGAAAUGGACCGGGCUCACAGAGCACUACGACCCCCAAAUCUGAACCUCUCUACCCCAAGAGACGUAAUUAUCCGCCUCCACUACUUCCAAACCAAAGAAAAACUAAUGCAACUAGCCAGAAACCGCCCUCCCAAGUAUAAAGACGUCCGCCUAACCUUCUUCCAGGACUUGGCCCCAACUACAUUAAAGAAGAGGAGAGAUCUAAAACCCCUCACCUUGGCCCUCCAAGAACAGGGGCUAAAAUACACUUGGGGCCACCCCUUUAAACUGCUGGUCAAAAAAGGCGACCAAACCCAUAUCCUCACCACAGCCGCAGAAAUGGGCCCGAUGGCGGACUCUCUAGGAAUUCAGCUCCAGAAUCCCACACCACUAACGGGAUACAGGGGAAGAGACCGCUCCAGAGACAGGGCUGCAUCCCCGCAUCCGGCCAAACAGAAAAGACCCCCCCACGCCAUAGAAGACAACACCGCUGCUAGACGUCAAGGGGAACAAUCCCCGCCGCACCGCUCAGGCCGCUAG